AUGGAACAAGAAUUAAAAGAGUUAGACACGAACCAGGUACGACAACUUUGGAAGGAAUUAAAAGCUAAUGUAAUUUUGGUGCGACGAAAGAAUCAACCAAACAGGUCGCCUCUAACCAGUAUUGCCACGCAGAGCCCCUACGUUCGCUCAGCCCUCGUUAUUGCUCAGAAGCUUUCAGCUACUAAGGAAGAAGCCGAUAUGCAAUAUCACCUGAAGGGAUUGAUUCAAUAUGGGUUUCAACGCGAUGAGGUGGAAGUGAUAUUGCGUCAAGCUGGGUACGGAGACCUGAAUGUGCUACGCAAUUUGGCUUUAUACGACAAGAUCAUGCACGAAAUGACGAUAAAGGAUGUUUUGUCUGCUCUCACCCUAUUCUUGGAAACCCCAUCUCUUCCCACCAGCUUUCGUGCCUUACUAGACAUCCGUGCUGCCGAUAUUAUUGUAAGCAGAUCAAAAAUUAGGGCGUCACUUUUCCCCGUUGGUUCAGUGGACCCAAAUUCAAUCGAACUCGACUGGAAGUAUCUUCUGGAGAAAUGGAUCGACCACUCCUACACCCGGGACCACGUGCAAUUAAUCCUUCGAAAUGUGGACUUAGAUACGCAAGAAGCGCAGGGAAUUUUGAGCAUUUAUGACAAACUCGAUCGAGCUAUGCGAAUGGACCUGAAUAAAGCGCCCGAAAACAAGGUGCUAGACAAUUCACAGGCUAACAUUGAAAACGAAAUCAAAAAUGCUCGAGACAUUAAUGCUCAGGCUUCUGUCAACUCAAAAUCGACCACACUUGAGUGGAUUCAGCUCUUCAAGCGCUAUAUUUUUCUCGAUUUUUCUCGUGAGCAGAUACAAUCAAACCUUCGUAGUGUUUUAUCCAGUGAAGAAAAAGUAUCAAAGUAUAUGACCUAUAUCGACAAAAUCGUUAGGUUGGAUCCUGGGCAUCCUUCACCUCAUGAAAAUGUCAAGUAG